CCACGGUCGCACAGUGGCGGUGCCGCGUGACGUCACACAGUGUCGCAUCGCAGUGCUGUGUCGCGGGUCAGCGCCCCAGCUAGGCGCAGCGAGCGCCGGGUUGUCUACGCCGUAGGCGCCGCUCUAAGACAUCGCGCUGUUCCGAGGGACUUUCUUGAGAUGCUAGAGUGACCAGACACCAGAGAUGACCACUGCCAAAGGAGGUGCCAUGUUGGCUCUUCUGCAGUUGGCAGCACUGGCAGCCAUGUUGCAUUCUAUGACUGCUGCGGAGACGUGUGACCAGUCUGUGACGGUGGUGAGUCCGCGGACGGCGGUGGCAGGGGGCGCCACGGCCGUGCUGGUCACCCUCAGUGGGGGGCCGCGCCGUCCCCCUCGGCCCCCCCUCAAUGUGACCCUGCACCUCUUGGCGGCGUCUGGCGGCGACGAGGCCGACGCCGACCGGCCCAUCAUCUCCAGGAGCUCUGCCCUGGUGCAAGGCCAGGCGGUGAUCCCAGUGCUGGUGCCUCUGGACGCGCCGCCAUCCUGCGUUCUCCAGGCGGUGGUGGGGGGCAGCGUGCAGACGUCUUCGCGGCUGACGCUGGCGGGGCCCCUGCGGCACGCCAUCCUGCGGCCAGACCGGACCUCCUACUCUCCAGGGGACACAGUGCACUUCUGGGUGCUGGCGCUGGACCAAUCACUGCGACUUCCCUCCGGAGCGGCGGGCAGCGUGUGCGUCAGGGACCCCGCCGGAAACUGCGUGGCGCGGUGGCCGCAAGUCAGCCUCGGACACGGCGUGCUGAGCUUCUCGCUACCGCUGUCGGGGGCGGCGCCCACGGGCACGUGGCACCUGCAACUGGAGGCAGACGACCGCCGUCUCCCCGGCUGGGGGGCGGCGGCAGCCUUCAACGUCAGCCUGUCGCGGCACGAGGCGGCCGGGGGCGGUCGCGGCGAGGCGACGCAGGCGUCGGCGCCGGAGGACGAGGUGGCGAUGGCGGAGGAGCACUUCGUGGAGCUGCGCUUCGGGCGCGCCGUCCGCAGGCUGUACAAGCCAGGCCUGCCGUUCGUUGGCAAGGUGGAGUCGGUGAGCACGGAGAAGGUGGUGCGCGUGCGGGUGAAGGUGUACGACAACACGACGGCCAUCUACAGCCAGGACCUGGAGAUCACGUCAGGCGAGGCGGCGUUCGUCGUCCCGGCCAUCCUCGCCGACAGCGACCUCAUCACGCUCCAGGCCGAGCUGGUCUCGGUGGGCGGCAAGGAGAUCGACAGCCACUACGUGCUGGCCAGGGAGCCCGUGCGCAGGUGGCCCGGCUCCAGCGCGCUCCAGGACUGCUACCUGCUCGUCCAGGGCCUGGAGAGGACCUUCCAGCCAGAGGAGCGCGCCCACGCCACGGUGCUGUCGACGUGCGCCUGCGAGCGCGACGUGCUGGCCGUGGUGACCGCCCCCGGGGGCCGCGUGCUCCACUGGACGGAGAAGCGGGCCGACGCGCCGCCGCCCCCGGACCUCAGGCCUCCGCCCCCCAGCGUCGACGGCGCCGCCAUCUGCCGCCUCAACUUCAGCUUCGAGGUGCAGGCGGUAAUGGCUCCCACCAGCCAGCUGCUCGUCUACUACGUCACCGAGGAGGGCGAGCCCGUCAGUGACGUCAUCAGCUUCGAUGUCAGCCUGCAGCACAGUGCCGUGUCGGUGAGCACGGAGGAGCGAGACUUCUGGCUGCCUGGACAGCGGCUGGAGCUCCGCGUCACGGCUGAGCCCAACUCGCUGGUGUGCGUAGUGGGGGGCCGGCCGGAUGUGGCGGGGGCGGGGGCGGCGGAGGCGGCGGCGGCGGCGGACGGGUCUGGAGGCUACGGCCUGGGCGCGCUCCAGCUGGGCGUCGACCAUGUCUGGCUCUGGCGCUGCUUCAACUUCAGCGGUUCGCAGCAGCAGCACCGGACGUGGGCGGCGGCACCGCCGGAGCCGGGCCAGUGGACGGUGCGCGCGCUGUCGCUGCCGCUACCGCCGCCGCCCCGCGCAGCCCACCCCACAGGCGCCUCCUCCCCUGGCCUGACCGUCUUCCGGCCGUUGGGUGUCGCCUUCUCGCUGCCGCCCACGCUGCGGGUGGGCGAGACGGCGCAGGUGGACGUCCACAUCGCCAACAGCGCCGCCUCCUGCAUAGACGUGACGGCGCUGCUGUCGCUGACCGAGGGCGCGCACUUCGCCAGUUCGGGCCUGCUGUACGUCAGCGAGAAGCUGAGGCUGGGGCCGCACGGCGCCACUUCUCUGGUCGUCAGGGUCGUCGUCACCAGCCCGGGCGUCAAGAACAUGACAGUGGAGGUGUCUGGAUAUGGUGGAGACUCGUGCAGGGACACCGGGGGCGGCAAUGGCACGUCUCCAGCGCACAGUGGGGGCAGCACAGGCAGCAGAAGUGCGCUGUCUGCCUCUGUGACACGCUCAGCUAGCACGCUGGUCACGCCAGAGGGGCUCCGCCGGACAACCACCGACAGUGCCUACUUCUGCGCCAAUGAGAAACUGGUGGUGUCUACACCGGAGGACUUCCAGCUAGAGUGGCUGCCGGCUCCACGGAACCGCGCCGGCGUCGUGCUGGAGGUGCGGGCGGCGGCGCCGGGGGCGGACCGGGAUCGUGGGGGCGGCGCUGGGGGCGCAGUUGGCAGUGGGGGUGGAGACACGCCCCCUCAGCCGGCCGCCGUGGUGCUGCUGUCCUCUGGCAGAGGCGCCGGGCCCGACUCCUACCUGCUGGCUCUGGGAGACGUCUCGUGGCUCACCAGGGGGCCGCACGCUUACGGCGUGCGGUUGGCGAGUGCGCAGACACCCGGCCUCGUGACUGGGGAGUUCCGGACCCUGUGGCUGAGCUGGGAGCGGGGUCUGCUCUCUCUGGGCCGGGGUUCGCACCUCCACCAGGGCCCGCUGCUCAGCUGGCGCGCGCCCACGGACAGCCUGGCCAUCUCGCACAUCGGACUAUCCGCACCCUGGGGAACUCCAGCAGAAUUCAGGCUGUGGAACUACAAUGAAGAAGCGGGCUUCUCGCAGGUGCUGCACCUGGACGUGCCCCAGCCAGUGGUCCCUGGUUCAGAACAGGGCUCCCUGUCUGUAGCUGGUGGACUGGCACUACCAUCGUCUGCCGCUUCGUGGCUCCACCCGGCCCAGCAUGCCACCGACAUUGGCGAAGCCAGCAGCCUGGUGUCUACGCUCGCAUCGUUCAGCCCGCUACCGACGCUGGACCACAGGGGGAUGCUGAUGGACCAGGAGGCGCCCUCUGGUGACGUCACGGACGUGAAGCGGCGGCUGGCCACGCAGCUGCAGGCGCUGCUCGUCUUCCGCAAGCCGGACGGCUCCUUCGGGGACCACCCCACGAAGGGCAGCCACAGCGGCACGGUAUGGGCCCUGGACGUGCUGAACCGCGCGCAGGCUCACGUCGCCGUUGACCCGCAGCUCCUGACGUCGGCCAAGCGGUGGCUGCAGGCCCGCCAGCGCGCCGAUGGAGGUUUCGCGCCUGACGAUGCCGCCACCGGCGACGUCGAAACGACGGCCGAGACUCUCGUCGCGCUGCUCGCUGUUGGGCUCGAAACGGAGGGUGAUGAGGAGUGCUGCCUGCGAGCACGCUACUUCCUGGAGCGGUCGCUGCUGCUGGACCGAUCCUCGGCACCUCCUCCACUGUCUGCGGCCUCUCUGGCGCUGGCUCUGGUGGCGUCCCGCAGCGAGGUGGCCGCCGCCGCCGUCGCCAGGCUCAGAAACGUCUCCGCCAAUGAGGAGGGCGACUUUGGCUGGCCCUACCACCUGUCAGACACAAGAACAGGAACGCUGCCCAGGGAUCGCCGGCUAGCCACCACGGCAGCGGAGUACAAGGCUUCCCUGUACGCCCUGAUGACGUACUCCAUGAUGGGUGACCUGCGCUCCGCCGAGCCCGUCGCUAAGUACCUGUUCUACCGCUCCUACCUGCUGGACACCCACAAAGAGCUGGUGUACCUGUGCGUGCGCGCACUGUGGCAGCUGUCGUCGGUGGCCCAGGACCGGGAGCGCGCGCUGACCGUCUCGCUGGCGACGUCCGGCAUGGAGCUGACCGACACCCUGGAGCUGAGGCCGGGCACCCAGCCAGCCAGAGCGCUACCACUGCCCAGCCUGCCCACCAAGGUGUUCGUCUACGCCACUGGCGCCGGCUGUGCCACCGUGCAGGGUCGUGUGAGCUACUCCACGUACGCGCCAGCCUCCCGGACGCCGCUGCUGGACAUCUGGGCGGCAGUCGAGGGCGAGGACUCGUCGGGGCUCCGACACCUCGAGGGCCGCCCUGCCAGGCUGUCCAUCAGGGUCUGCUUCAGGUGGAAGUCCCACCAACCAUCUGGUGUGCUGAGACUGGAGGUGCGCCUUUUCUCCGGGUUCCAGCUCUCAUCCUGGAGCGGCAGCGUGCUGGUGGACAGCAAUGGGACCACAGCGGACGUCCAGCAUGGUUCCAGGGCCGACAAAGUCUGGUUCCUCAUGUCUGGUGUGACCUCCCAGUGUGCAGUCUGCGUGCAGCUGUCAGCUGGUGGCGUCUACCCAGUGACGUCAUCCCGGCCGGCGUUGGCGCGGGUCUACCCAGCGGAGCGCCCUCACGUGGCAGCACACGUGUUCUUCCACAGCGCCACGCUGUUGACUGCGGGUGCCGAUGACGACCUCCUCACAUGGUUCGGCGCCUCACAACAAGGUGGAGUCCAGAUGGGGUCCAACUUCUCCGAGGUCUGCGAGUGUGGGCAGGAGUGCCCGCACGACCCGGUCGAGCCGCAGCCUUCCCCAGAGACGCCAGUCACGACCACGACGACCACAGCCACGACGACGGCCGCGGGCGGUCACGACCAGCGACCGGGCACGACCACGAGGUCCCUGUCCACGCCCACAUCACGACCCACCAGCACGUCUGACGAGCCUGGGGGAGGUGACGUCACUAACAGUGGCCUGGCGGCGGUGAUGACGACGUCGACGCCCACGACCAUGACCGAGGAGCCGGAGUCCGUCAACAUCAUCAUCACGGAUGACAACGGCGAGCUGGAGAGCCAGAAGGAGCGCCCGGCAGGAAAGAGAUACGGCCCCUCCUCCAAGAGUGCGAGUCCAGAUUCUGGGAGGAGUGUCAACGUGGAGCGCCGCCCAGUGGACAGUGCAACGCCAGUACAGCAGGAUCACCAGUUGACGCUCAAGGAGAGCCGUGGUCACGUGGGAGUCCAGCCUCAACCUCAACCUCAACCUCAGCCUCAACCGCAACCUCAGCCUCAACCUCAACCUCAGCCUCAGCAGGAGGAGCGGCUGCUGGUGCUGGACCGCGAUACACUGUGGGGAAUGCUCCGGGAGGCGGUCCACGUCGAGCUCAACAGCAGCAACCUGCUGAGGCGCGCCGCCACUGAGGCAGACUGAACCCGAGGUCGCGGUCACCGGCCAGCAUCUGGCUAGGCUGCAGUGCGUGUACUGGACCUAUCACUAGGUCAGACUGUGGGGCUAGUCACCAAGUAGCCAUCAGACAAGAUCGUGACAUCGGUCCUUGGUUUGUCACCAGACAGACUGAGUGGCCAGCCUCCAGUCACCAAACCAGACUGUGGGCGUAUCCCCAACCUGUCAUGAAACUAAGAGACCCAUCACUAGUCACCAGCCAGACGCUGAUCAGCCAGACAAUCUUACAGCCAGUCAUCCAGCCUGCUGGAUGUGCCAUUGAUGCUCCACAGAGUGCGUACUGUUGUGAGCCUGUCACCAGCCUGACUGAAGGAUCCAUCACCAGUCACCAGCCAGACAUCAGCCAGACAAUCUUUACCAAGCAGCAGCUGCUGGUUUCUCCUGCCAGUCACCCACAUAGCGUGUAUACUGACAUUGGAUCAAGCACUUCCUCCAUUUAGUGGCACUCAAUGAACAUCACUGUAGAAGUACCUCGGAAUACAGAAAAUGCCCCCAAAAAGGAAACCCUAUUGCUGUGGACAAGGGCCAUGACGGUAUCAACACAAAUUAUUCAUUUGAACAACAAACUAGUAAUCUGCGCUCUCUAGGCUUCAAAAACUAAUGAAUCGUUUUGUAGAACAAUAAAUGCUUCAAGGAAGGGAAUCCUUUGUUCUUGGAAUACCUGCUAUCAAUGUCCUUGAGAGCGCAGAUUGUUCAGUAAUACAAUAAUAUUCUUUGUAAAAGGGAGUUCGGUGUUGAUUUGGGCUGGUAAAUUGUUCUCCUGAACCUCAGACCAGUCAUUUGCAUUGCAUAUGCUUGAAAUACUGAUAAGUCAUUUCAUAGAACCAACAGAAAAUACUCCAAAAAUGGGAACCCCUUGUUUUUUUUUUGAAUGACUGCAUUAAAUUUUUAUAACAACAAAAGUCAUUCAGUAAAGGACUAAAAACGCCUACAGAGCGAACUUGUGGAGGAGUGCUGUGAAAAUAUUUAUUGCAGUGUAAAAUUAUUCCCUUGAACCUGAGAAUGGUCAGAUUCUGUAUGUAGGCCAGAAUAACAGAUGAGUCGUUUUCCAGCAUAAAGUAUAUUUCAAAAACUACAACUUUUUUCAUUGAUGAAAGUGGAACUGAUUCAUUCUGGGGAUUUUUUGUAGGUUAUCACUUUUCCAACUCCCAACCCAGACAACUGCAUCAAAUUGCUCACAUGUAGAAUCAAGCAGCUCUCAUUCUGGAAGCAGCUCCUGUCUCUAAAUAUCACACACCAUUGUUCUUCUAGACAAAUAACGUUUAA